AUGCUGCGCUCUUCUGUUGCACCGGGACGGCAGUUGCUGCUCUCCUCCGCUCGCCAGCGGACAGCCCCCCAAUGGCUGUCCAGAGCCGGAGCAAGCAGCCGGCUCGCAGGUCAGCGAUUCUUCGCUGACUCUAAGCCUAUUCCCCCCGCUGCUCCUACCCCCGCUACCCCAUCCCCCGGGUCGGUUGUGCCCCCAGAGACCGUUCCGAAGCCAUCGCAAGGCUCCGAGAUACCUCCUCCCCCUCCCUCUGCCCCAGCUCCCAAGAAGGGUGGACGGUUCCGCAGAUUCCUUCUCUACUUGCUUCUCACCUCCGGGUUCGCAUACGGUGGCAGCAUUUUCUUGGCUCUCAAGUUCGAUAACUUCCACGAUUUCUUCACGGAGUACAUCCCCUACGGUGAAGAGAGUGUUCUCUACUUCGAAGAGCGCGACUUCUACCGCCGCUUCCCUAACACUUUGAGGAACCAAAACCGCCUUCCCUCCACCACAAGGGAUGAGGGCAACAAGAUCACCAUCGGAAGCAAGAGCGGACUUACCUCCAAGGUCGCCCAGGAGGAACAAUCUGGAAGCGAUGUUUCCCAGAAGGGCCCCCACAACAGUGCCGUCCAGGCGCAGAAGAGCACCGAUGCUCAGGUCAAGGCGGACAGUGCCAAGCCCGAGGAUAAGACCACCGCUGUGUUGAAGGCUAAGGAGGACAAGGCAGCCAAGGAGGAGGCUCCCAGGCCUGCUGUGAAGGAGGAGCCCAGACAACCCGCUCUUCCCCCGGUCGCCCCUCUGGAAUUCUCCAAGGUCAACGAGGGAGAUGAGGCAAUUGUGCAGGAGCUGGUGAAGACCUUCAACGACAUUAUCACCGUCCUCAGCGCCGAUGAAAACGCCGGCAGAUUCUCGAAGCCCGUGGAAAAGGCCAAGGAGGAGCUUCAGAAGGUUGGAGAGAAGAUCAUAGCUGUCCGGGAAGAAGCACGUCGUGCUGCUCAGGAGGAGAUCAAGCAGGCCCAUGAGACUUUUGACGAGUCUGCUCGGGAACUCAUCCGUCGCUUCGAUUCUAUGCGCGCCGCUGACGUUAACCAGUUCCGUGAGGAAUUCGAGACCGAACGUGAGAAGCUGGCUCAUGCUUACCAGCAGAAGAUCAACACAGAAUUGCGGAGAGCUCAGGAGGUGGCUGAGCAGCGCCUCAAGAAUGAACUCGUUGAGCAAGCCAUUGAACUCAACCGCAAGUACCUGCAUGAAGUGAGAGAUCUGGUUGAGCGGGAGCGGGAAGGUCGCCUCAGCAAGCUGGGCGAGCUGUCCGCCGACGUCAGCGAACUGGAAAAGCUUACCUCGGGCUGGAGGGAAGUCAUUGACACCAACCUCAGAACUCAGCAGCUUCAAGUGGCUGUUGAUGCUGUUCGUUCGGUCCUCGAGCGUUCUGCUGUCCCUCGGCCAUUUGUGCGGGAGCUUGUCGCCGUGAAGGAAUUGGCCGCCGAAGACCCGGUAGUUGAGGCGGCUAUUGCAUCCAUCAACCCCACUGCGUACCAGCGUGGAAUCCCUUCGACGUCCCAGAUUAUUGAGCGCUUCCGUCGGGUCGCCGAUGAGGUCCGCAAGGCUAGCCUUUUGCCCGAAGAUGCGGGUAUUGCCAGUCACGCAGCGAGCUUGGUCCUGAGCAAGGUCAUGUUCAAGAAGGAUGCUGUUGCCGGUAGCGACGAUGUCGAGAGUGUGCUCUGCCGUACCGAGAGCCUUUUGGAAGAAGGAAACAUCGACGCUGCUGCUCGUGAGAUGAACAGUCUCAACGGAUGGGCUAAAAUCCUGAGCAAGGACUGGCUGGGAGACGUUCGCCGGGUACUGGAAGUCAAGCAAGCUCUAGAGCACUCUCCUCACGGACCCUCAUGUCUCCCUUCAUUUGCAAACGAUACCCCUUUCCUUUCCCGCGGGCCGGACCACCAUCUUGUCGCCUUGGCUUUCAUGUCGCUGGAGAUCGAUGAAUCCCACCCACCGUCACAUCCCAUGCCUAGAGCCGAUGAGAGGCAGUCAGAACCUCACACCAGCCCCAAUAAUUCUCAUGACGCUUCCGACCGACGAAAGGGCCUACAGAUGAACGAGGGACGAGCGAGCGGGGAGCUAGAGGGCAGCACUCUCGGCAGCAGCUCCCGGGAUGGAGAUAAAGGAGGCCGGCCCCAGCGCCGAACACCCAGCUCCGGCGGCUUUCUCGUCGAUUCGUCGUUCUUACCCCGAUCGACGAGCCUCAGGACGAGCCAUUACCUCCCCCGUCGAUCAGACCCCGAUCGUAAAGAAAAACGUGAAGCGCCCGAGCCCGACCUAGUGCUUCCGAAAAAGCGAUCGCGAUUCCCUUGGAGUCGGCAUAAGGAUUCCAAAGCUCCCCAGGCAGAUACCAGAAAGCCCACAACGGCGGAAGAGGUGCCUGCUCCGUCACAUGUCGAACAAGAUGCAGUCUCCCAGGAGUCUCACACCAGGGCGGCAGAGGGCCAGGCGCCCGUGGGCCUUGAUAGAGAUUCUCUCCAGAUCGUGAAUCUGGCCUUGAAUCUGAGUGAGUCGAGGAAACAAAACAGCCUUGGUCGCUCUGCCUCGACGCGCCUUUCCGGGGGAAGAUGGGCGAUGUCGUCUGUGGGCGGUCUUGGACAUAGCGGCCCACAGUAUGGCCGUGAUGUCCCGCAGGCGUUGGGUGAUGAGCGCAAUAAACCUCUCGGCUUACAACGUGUGGAUUUAUCGCCGAUGCCUGCUCCGUCUUCAGUUGCCAAUUUGCUUCCACAGUCUGCUGGCUCAGAAACUUUGCCGCAAGGGUUCUCAGAAAGUACACUGGCACGAGCGGAAAGGGCCCGUCGUCACUUCGAGUUAUUCUCGGAAUAUCUGCGACUGCUUCCUUCCCUACCUCCUCUUGCGCGGCUCGACGGCCAUACUGCCGACUCGGCAUCUGUCUCCAGUAACAGCUUUCCCUCACACCGUGCCUACAACCCCAUUCAGUGUAUUCGCAAUCGCAAAGUGAGGUUUCGAGAACGAUGUGCAAUUGACACACAGGCAGAAGGGUGGUAUGAUACUGACAAAGUACAUCAAUGGGUUGACUCGGUCGAAGCUCAGUACAGUCAGCAGAGUCACAGCCCCCUCGAAUGUCUGUCGCUGCCAUCAUUUCAUCACUGCACCAAGGAGAGGCUGCGUGAAGAACCAGGCGAAGUUGACCAUCUUGCUGUCUCUCCCCCUUCGAGUUUGAGACGUGCCAGCCGUGCUAGCAGUGUCAAGGCGCGCAGACCACGAUCAGACUGGAUUAUAGAUCCGGCAGAACUUCUUUCAGAUGCGGCAUGGGUUGAAGAAGGACAGAACAAGACUAAGAUUGUUGAUAGAGACGGGAACAAUCUGUAUCCGGAUCCCUCCACUUUAAUAACUUUCCAUCUGGAUCAAGCUACUCCUGAUCUUGAGGAACAGCCACAUUAUACACGACAAUCUGUGGACUCGGAGCAUCCCACUUCUCGUACCUCUUUAUCAGAUGCUCGCCCCGGUUUGACCACUGAGUUCAAGAGAGUUGGGCGUGGAAGGCGACGACACAGAUUUCGGAGCUCUGGCCGCAGUGGGCAUGGAAGCGAAGCCUCGAGAAAAGGCACGAGCUCCAGAAGGCACAAACUUGGACUACUGUCAAGUAGCUCUUCAAGCAUAUCGAGUGCUGAUCAGCAGUUGUACCGGGAUCAUUCCAUGGACAAUGGGUUGUCCAUGGGGAGACAAUCUUCGCCGCCGGGGGCAGCGAGGCUUCGAGGAUCCCAAGCAAUCUCCGAAGAUGAGAGUGCAAUAGAUACCAGACUUACACCGACGCACAGUACCUUUCCGUAUUACAAGUCCGGGAAAUCCCCUACGUGGGCGCGGUCGGAGGGAAAGAGAAGCUCCAUGUCCUCUGUUCCGAGCGUCGAUGAUCGCUAUGACCUUUUGACAAAUUUAGCGACGGCGGAAAGCCGGUCUCCCGAUGUACAUUCGCACAUUGGCAUCUUUCCGAGUAUUGCAGCUAACUUGUCCCCGCCUUCGAGCCGUUCUCCGUCCCCUUCAAAGGGUCGUUUUUCGCGGGCUCUUGGGUCUCGACAUGAACGUGAACGAAGCAAGAGUAACAUCCGAACGAAAGAAGUAUCAGACAAUACCUCUCUGGAACCUACUGGCUUGCGAAAUAGCUUUUCUGGGUACCCUGAGGAUGGCACUCACGGCAUGAAGUCGGAACCAAGCCCGGUACCUGACCGGGUCCCUUCAGUAUAUCUGGAGGACCAACCGAGGGCACAAUUGCAACCUCGUAAAGAGGCACUUCCGCCCGAAUCCAAGCUGCGUGGAAUCUUCAAAGGCCCAGGGAAGAUCGCAGAGAAAGUUGGUAACGAGAUGUCCAAAGUAGGGGAUUUGAUAAUGAAGAAGGAUAAUUUGGCACACUCGCGGAAAUCCUCACUUUCCAGUAUUGACAGUUUGGACUCUAACCCUCUCGAUGAUCUUGAUGAAUCGAAAGGCGACAAGAUGUCUGGUGCCAAGUCGCUUUUGCGCCGUUUCCCUACAUUCUCCGAUGAUUCCAGUCGAACUUCGCGCAGAAACCUAGAGAAAUUAACUUCAAAGACCAGUGCUCCCUCGCCAUUACCCUUCGCAUCUUCUGCUGGGCAGGAUCGAUUGGAAGAGCAUCCAACAUCAGAACAGACCAGCCCUCCCAGGCACGGUCCGGAUUCUGGCACUUAUACCGACGCGGCAGAGCCGCACAGAGACAUUGGUGGUUUCUCUCCGACUCUUCAUACGCCACUAGCGCGUCCUGAAAAAUUGAGAUUUGGUCCUGAGCUGCAUACGGUUCGAGAGCAGAUUAAAAAGGGCGACAUCAAAGACCCAGGCGUUCCGAUUAGCAUGACAAGGCCCCCUAUCACGGGUCUCGCACAAGCAAGAGCGGACACAUCUUCACCCUCUCAAGUAAAGCGCCCAAAGCUGGCCGAUCAGUCCAGAAGCUGGAGUAUUUCCAAUCGCAGCAUCUCUAAUGCUCUUGUCGUCGGUGUCCCUGGAAAGCGGGAAGUUGAACGGACCCGAGCCCUUCUGCUUUCUUCGGGCAUCAAAGCCCGCGAGAUCACCCGCAGAGCAGACUGCGUACGCAAUCCACCGCCUGAUUUCCUUCGACGCUCAUUUGGCGCGGGGGCACUCAUACCAGAGGUCACCCGACUUUAUGAGUACGAGGUCGCAGCGGAAGGACUGCUCAACAAUUUCGAGAAAACACAGCAUCAGUUUCAACAAUCCAUAGACAACUUCCCCGGCUCGGUUUCGUCGCCCCUAAAAUCGCAGCUGAGCAAGCUUGAGGACAUCGUGAACGGGACCAUCUCCCCACGUAUCCAGGCAGCUACGCAAGACGCGGAGGACCUGAGCAUCCAGCUCAACACAACUAGCACCCUUGCAGUUAAGCAGUUAAGCGACACCCUGGACAAAGGUGUUCGACGGCGUCAUCGCCGGCUACGUUGGGUACGGCGCACUGGGUUCGUGAUGCUCGAAUGGGCGCUAGUCGGCAUGUUGUGGUGGGUUUGGCUUAUUGUCAUGGCCUUUAAAAUCCUACGGGGUAUUUCCCGGGGAUUGCUUUCCGGUGUCAGAUGGGUCUUAUGGCUGUAA